AUGGAGGUCGCCGACCACUCAAGUCUGUCUCAAGUGGAUGACAAGGCUGCAGGACAGACAAGCAUGGGAAACAACCAGGAGCAGAAGUAUAGUCAUGAGGAGAUUGUUGGACUAGAAUCAGGAGGUUCAGAUACGGCAGGAGGUCAAGACAUUCCCCUCAUUGAAUUGACUGCUAACUCGAUUCAGUUGACCUUCCGCCGUUUCAUGGGCUUCACGGCCAUGGCCUUCUUGUGGACUGGCAGCCAGAUUCCUGUCUAUCUUUUCGGAGGCAUCCCACCCUAUAUUUAUGCAGACAUCGGUGGUGCGGACAGGUGGAUCUGGUUUGUCCUUGCAAAUCUGCUAGCUCUAGCCGGUGUAUGCCCUUUCGUUGGUUCGUUGUCAGAUCUGAUCGGCCGUCGUUAUGUUGCUAUCAUUGGCGCCUCUCUCAUCUGUCUUGGGAUGAUCGUUACCAGCACAGCUCACACAAUGAACAUAUUCAUCGCUGGAAUGGCAAUUGCCGGCGCUGGUGCUGGCGUCAACGAACUGACAGCACUGGCUGCGACCUCUGAAAUGGCGCCAACCAGGCAGCGAGGCAAAUACGUCGCAAUCCUCAUCUUUACUAUUCUGCCAUUUUGUCCAUCCGUUCUAUGGGCCCAGCUCAUUGCAGCGCAUAGCGGCUGGCGUUACGUUGGAGCCUUCUGCGGUGCCUGGGGUGGAUUCGGCUUGCUAGCCACCGUCUUCUUCUACUUCCCACCACCAAGAGUCAACUCGCAGGGACUCAGCAGGAAAGAGGUGAUCAGGAGGAUUGAUUUUGUCGGCGGUCUUCUGAGUAUCACAGGCUUAAUCCUGUUCUUGGCUGGCAUGCAAUGGGGAGGUUACCAGUACCCCUGGACAUCCGCACACGUCCUCGCCCCCCUUAUCAUCGGAUUUAUGAUCCUCAUCGCCUUUGCGGUCUGGGAAAUCUACGGCGCCAAGUAUCCUAUCUUCCCGACACGCUUGAAGCAGGAGCCCCGCACCCUCGGUCUGACCCUGGUCAUCACAUUCAUCUCGGGAGCAAACUUCUUCUCAAUCAUCAUGUUCUGGCCUACGCAGUCAUUCAACGUGUAUGGCCACGACCCUGUCCAAGUCGGCCUCCGCAGUCUACCUGUCGGCUUCGGCAUCAUGGCCGGUGCCUGUAUCGUCCUGUGGCUUCUGAGUGUCCUCCGCGGCCACAACAAGGAAUUAUUGAUCGUCAGCAGUGUCCUCAUGACAGCAGGCUGCGGCGCCAUGGCAGUCGCCCGACAAGACAACCUCUACCAGCUCUGGGGAAUCCUCGUCCUCGCAGGCCUAGGUAUCGGCGGGAUCGUCGUCCCCGCUUCGAUCAUCACCACAAUUAUCUGCCCAGACGAUCUCAUCGCGACAAUAUCGGCGCUCACGCUCUCCAUCCGCGUCGUCGGCGGCAGUAUCGGCUACACGAUCUACUACAACAUUUUCAUUUCCAAGUUCAUCCCUAAUGCGAAACACUUCAUUGGCGGCGUGAUGGUCACCAAGCUCAACAUCACCAAUCCGGCAUACAUCGGCGAAGCCAUCGAACUCACCGGCGCUUCGCUGCUGGAGGAAUUGAAGACAAUUCCUGGAAUCGCGGGUAGCGAGGCCGCGUACAAUGCCGUUGUGACUGCGGGCCAGCUGGCGUACGCUGAGAGCUACAAGUGGGUGUACUACGUCAGUAUUGCGUUUGGUGGUGUUUCUAUUCUCGCGGCUUGCUUCUUGGGCAGCAUUAGUCAAUACAUGGAUGACCAUGUUGCGGUGGUCAUGCAUUGA